AGUCGGCCUGAGUUUACUCCAGUUAACUGAGGCAAACUCAAGUUAAGGAUGAGUUAGCGUAUGUUAAACGCGCACGGGCGGAAAUAACGGAGGCGGGUUCCAAUCGCGGCUGAGCAAUCGAUAUCCCCAACCUUGGGAUUUCUCUUCCUUCUGAUUUCCACUGUGCCACCAAACAUCGCGUUUCCUGGCCUUAUCUCGUCUUGCAUUGCUGUACAAGCCAAUUUAGCAGCUCAAGCGCGAAGCUGGGCUGCUGCCGAACUCGUCCCUUUGCCAGCAUAGCAUCUGUUACCUAUAUUGCCAUGGUGGCCUGCAUCUCCCCUCCUGUGAGGUCAAAUUGCACGUUCGAUUGAGUCUUUCGCGAUCCAUAAUUCGCUUUUUUGUCAGCAUUUGGGCGAUUACUGUACUGGCAUUGGCAUGUCUAACAAUUUAGGUCCUCUGACCUCCACCUGCGAAAGAAGAGACAGCAACAAGUCGCAUACACAUCCUAGAGACGGCCCAAGCGUCGUCGACCGACCAGUCUGCAGACGAAGUCUACGAGCUGCCGAGUGAUACAAGGUUUCCUAGCUCAAUACGUUCGCAUUCCACAAGAGACAUGGAUAGGGACCGAUAUGAACCGUCGCAAUACAGCGAGAGAGGCUUUGCAGCGCGUGAUGGAUAUGUCCGAGACGCUCGAAGCGACGCUUAUGAACGAUCUCAGUAUGGCCCCUACGACCGAGACGAUUAUGUCGCUACUCGAUCGAACUAUGGUGGAGCUAGCACCGGAUAUGAUCGGCGACGUAGCUAUGAUGACCAUGACAUGGACGAGUACUACGAGAAAACCAGAGUGACGAGGUAUUCUCGAGACGGCGGUGAGCCCGGACUGGCGGCGUAUGAGGAUCGCGAUAGACAACGCGCACGGUCCCAAGAUUACAGACGACAGGAAGACCGCCGUGAGGAACGUCCUAGAUCUCGAGGGCGUCGGGAUAGUGAGAGCGGAAGCGAGAAUGAGCGCGAAGGGGAGAACACACCCAUGAAGAAAUGGGCCGCGACGCUUGCUGGAGCUGCGGUGGGUGGUCUUGCUGCAAAGCGGCUCCAGAAAGACAAGGAUAACAAUUGGGUUCCAACUGCCCUCGGAGCCGUGGUUGGCGGCCUGCUCGGCCGAGAAGUUGAGAAGAAGGUGUACGAACACAAAGAGCGACGGAAGGAGCGAGAACAUGAGUACGAGUGACGGCACUAUAUACAUUUUGACGAUUAUACGAUAAGGACGAGAGGUACUUGAUGAAUGUAACGAGAAAAAAGACGAUGAGCCUCUUGAGUGUAUGAACUGACCUUGACCAAACAAUCAAAUUCUAAUUUGCGCAUGAUGAACUCGGGCAACAAUGAAACGUCGAACACGCGUAGAGGCAUGGACG